AUGACAAUCACGAGUCCGAGAGGGAAACUGUCAAGGAGCUCCUGAUCAAUUUCAGGAAACUGGCUGCGGAGCUGCAGAUGCAGAUAACUCGGCUAGACAGGCUUGACAUGGACAUUGGUGGCCGGCUGGGUGGCCUGGAAGAGGGCAUCAG